CCAUUUAUUCACUUUCAAACAAUAAUUUUCCGUGUUUGGGAGCAGCGAAAUCAAAUUCAAAUUACUCAACCGAGCAGAAAACAAUCCCUUUGCUUUGCUUUUACUGCAGUUUCCUUGUUGAUCCACGGAAGUGGGCGUCCGCUUUCCAACAGCUAAACACACUAAUCGACACGAAGUGAAUGUGCUCCAGCCUUUUGAUUGCUCACUCUGCCUGACACCUUUCGCCCAGCGCUCAGCCAAUGUUCCUGAAAUUUGGUGUUGGUAUUUUGAUUUCCUCCAUUCCAAUUCCUAUUAAAGGUUUACUAAAUUGCAGUGCGUGUAUUUAAAAAGUGCGCACGAGCAUAGCAAACACGCUGUCGUGCUGCCUAAUUGUGUAUGACUUUGUUGCACAUUACAUCGUUUAGUGAGCAAUUGCUGGGUAAUGAGGCGUUGCAGUGAUUAGCGUGAAUCGGAAUGAAUAAACACUUGAGCUAUUUUGUGUUCGUAAAAAAACCGGGUUCAGGAAAGCGAAUGGAAUUUGAACUGAUUUCGAUGAAUGUUGGUACGCUUAUAGUGGCAACACAGCCGGACACGAACCAUCAUUAGCAUCUUGCACGGCUCAUUCCAACCACUCCUGUUGAAACGGUCAACCAUCUGAUUGAAUUUCUAGCUCACCUUAAGAUGCCGUCGUGGCGCACGGUCAGCCUACGGUGACUGCUGCCACUGUUGGUUUGUACUUGACAUUGCCCAGGGCUGCUCCCAGGCACAGAUCAAAUAACUGCACAAGGCUUGCGCUUUGAGCGAUCGAGAAUGUUCUCGGUGUUGUUUGCUCAACUGGGUGCAAUCACGCCAGCUGAACGCAUUGCACAGCAGGUAGUUUCUAGCCAAGAAAUAGUUCAGUAUGACUCUUGAUCUUGACGAUCUUGUGUGAGAUUAAAGGCACACACACAGGAAAAAAAUGGUGAAAAUGAAAGGAUUAUGUAUUCUUUUAUUUUUCGUAGCCUCGCUCGUUUUGGUGUCCAGUGCUCCAGCUGAACCAAACCAAACACCAGUCUCGAAAGCGAUCGCCCUCAUCCACCACCUAUCGUACCUGAUCGACUACCUGGUGCAGUUCGUCCUGGGAAGCGGGAAUGAUCGCAAAACACCACCGGAAGCGGCCGACUACUAUCAGACCGCACUGGUAGAGGGCAAAAAUCCAGCAGGCAAAGACGAGGCCGGCCUAAAGCCGGAUAAUGCACGCGCUCGGCAGGAAACGGAAAUUAUACACAAAAUGAUGAAGGUUUAAGUGUGUGACGUACUCGCCCUCAGUGUUGUAUAAGACUACCGCGCAUUCAUUGAACUCUAAGACAGGGUGUGAUCGUUUGCAUCUCUCUUGCCAAUUCAUGAUGAUGACAAAACCUAAAUCGAUGCCGUACAAACACCUGUGUGUGUGUGUGGGCAGUGUGGUGGAAAUUUUUAAUAACCAUAACCCCAAUAGAUCACCG